AAAUGAGACGGCAAAUCCCAACAGUAAUGAUAGGUCUGACCGCUCUCAAAAUUUCUGAAUUGUGGACGCGCAUUUUCACAAUCAAAUGAUGGUUGAGUUAGCUCAGCCACCAUCAUUUGAGUCUGAGGCUUUACAUAGGCCACAAAAUCUAGUAAUAAAACGCUGUAACGCUGGGUUUGUUCCAUAUGCUGGGUAAAUGCCUAAAAAAGCCAACGACGGGCAAGAAGGAUAAGAGCGCGAUUCAUACGAGUGUGCGCAAAGGACGCGCAUACUGUUUACUACUGGUAACAGCUUGAGUCGACCGAUGUGAUGUUGGCGUAGUUUUUUAUCUUGUCUUGAUUCAACGCUGAUAAGUGCAAAAUGUAGAAAUAUCGCGAUGUAAAUAAGCCGUCAAGAAGGAAAGAAUGCGCAAAGAAUGCUCGUGAUAAAUCAAGUAAUCGUUUGGCUGUCAUCAAAAGACAAGUACAGAGGAAUGCAUUGAAUCUCUGCGAUUUAACCGAGACAGACAUGCUUUGGACUUAACAGAGCCCCAGUGCUUUGUCAAAGUAGUCUGCCAAUGUACAUUUCCAGGGAAACGCGAAAUGGAUGUAACAGAAUCCGAUUUAAAUAGCAAGGAAUUUCGUAGUUAAAUUUUCUUUUGUUCGUUUCUUUGGCACUGACCACAAAAACUUCCAUGAUGGCUUUGGUCAUGGAACCUGUAAGCAAGUGGACAACAUGUCAAGUGGUGGACUGGAUGAAAGGCCUGGAUGACUGCCUGCAGCAGUAUGUGAAGAACUUUGAGCAGGAGAAGGUGGGAGGGGAGCAGCUACUUCGCAUCACACACCAGGAGCUGGAAGACCUUGGAGUGUCUCGCAUCGGACACCAGGAGCUCAUCCUGGAGGCUGUGGACCUGCUGUGUGCCCUGAACUAUGGCCUGGAGACAGAGAAUCUGAAAACUCUGUCCCAUAAGCUCAAUGCCUCCGCCAAGAACCUGCAGAACUUCAUAACGGGCCGCAGGCGGGGGGGCCACUACGAUGGGAGAGCCACACGCAAACUCCCCAAUGACUUUCUCACUUCUGUUGUGGACCUGAUCGCUGCCGCGAAAAGCCUCCUAGCCUGGCUUGACAGGUCUUGCUCCUUCCUCAGGUCUCCUUUUGCUGCAGUAGCAGACUACUCCUUGACCAGAAAUAACGUGAUUCAGCUGUGCCUGGAGCUGACGACCAUAGUACAGCAGGACAGCACUGUAUAUGAAACUGAGAAUAAAAUACUGCAUGUGUGUAAAAUGCUGUCUGGGGUGUGUGAUCACAUUAUCACGCUGUCCUCAGACCCCAUGGUAUCCCAGGCUGCUCAUCUGGAGGUGGUGCAGCUAGACAACAUCAGAUCCACAGAGGGGCUGGGCAUGUACAUCAAAUCAACGUAUGAUGGCUUACAUGUCAUUACUGGGACAACAGAGGGGUCUCCAGCUGACCGCUGUAAGAAGAUCCAUGCUGGAGAUGAGGUCAUUCAGGUCAAUCAUCAGACAGUGGUAGGCUGGCAGUUGAAGAACUUGGUGAACUCUUUGCGUGGCGACCCAGCUGGGGUGUCUCUGACCCUGAAAAAACGGCCACAAAGCACUCUCACUUCUGCCCCUGCCUUACUGAAAAACAUGAGGUGGAAGCCCUUGGCUCUGCAGCCCAUCAUCCCCCCGAGUCCCGGGAGCAGUGUCGCCACACCCUCCAGCACUCUCAGCACCCCGUCCAGGCGGGACAGCUGUGCCCUUCAGGAAUUCUACAUCCCACCCCCACCAGAAGAGCCAUAUGCACCCAGAGAAGACACAGAAAUGAGCAGCGAUCCAUCCCAGCAAGAAGUUGCUAAGGGUUCUGAGUCGCCCAACUCCUUCCUGGACCAGGAGUGCCGGCGUCACUUUCCUGUGCUGGACGAGGAUGCAGUUCUCUAUUGCUAUGAGUAUGAGCAGAACCAGGGCCCUCCUCCUGUGCGCAGGGACAACACCUUAACAUGUGGCAGGCUGAGGCCCAUCUCCAUGCCGGUGGAGUAUAACUGGGUGGGAGACUAUGAAGACCCAGCCAAGCUGAAGAAAGAGCCCAGGAGAGAGAACUCCCUGCUCCGUUAUGCUGGUGAGGAUAAAGCAGGCCCUGAGGAAUACAUGAUAGGACGCAGCAGCAGUACUAGGCGGAGCAGGAGGAAAACUGAGAAAGGGAAUAGCCCCGUUCAUUACACCCUAGUACCAGCCCUGCAAAUGGAGAUGCUACGACAGGACUCAGUAACUACACCCACGUCAGACACUGCCUCUGUGUAUCACACAUUUGAUCGGUCAUCAGUGCUGUCAAGGUCAAAGAAGAAGUUGAGAGCUGGCUCACUGUCUGCCAGCAGUAAGCGCCGAAUUUCGUGUAAGGACCUGGGCCAGGGAGACUGCCAAGGCUGGCUCUGGAAGAAGAAAGAUGCUAAAAGCUACUUUUCUCAGAAGUGGAAGAAGUACUGGGUGGUGUUGAAGGACACCUGUUUGUACUGGUACAUCAAUGAGGAGGAUGAGAAGGCCGAGGGAUUUGUCAGCCUGCCUGAGUUCAAAAUUGAUCGGGCAAACGAAUGCCGCAAAAAGUUCGCUUUCAAGGCAUGCCAUCCCAAGAUCAAGAGCUUCUACUUUGCAGCAGAUAAUGUGGAUGACAUGAACAGGUGGCUGAGUCGAUUAAACAUGGCAGCAGCAUCUCACUCGGAGCAGGAGAAGAUUCGGCAGGCUCAUGACUACUGGAGUGAGAGUGACCAUGAGGACAUCGAUGUGUCUUCAAUGCCUAAACAAGACAGCCCUCCACCACCCUAUGACACAUACCCUGCCUUACAGGUGAGUCCCUACCUGGAGCCCAAACAUAUCCGACCGGCCUCCACGGAGAGUGUUCAGUCACAUUCACCACAUGAGGAGUUCCACACCGAGCCUCAGCUGGGCAGCGUGAGCAGCUCUGCUUCCCCCAGCCGUCGGUCUGCCAGCCAGCGGCGCUCUUGGCAGGACCUGAUUGAGACGCCGCUCAGCAGCUCUGGGCUGCACUUCCUUCAGACACUGCCGCUGGAAGACUCUGUGUUCCUGGAGCCUGGCGGGGCUGUCCCUGUAGAGCUCCAUCGCCAGGCCACACUGCCCGCUCAGCGCGGCCCCCUGCCUGAGCGCUACUGCCCCCUUACACCCCGGCCGGCCAGCCCGCCCAGCCGCUUGCCCCCCUUUGGUGGGGGAGGAAGGGCAGGAAAGCACCGCAGCUUUACGCUACCUCGGGACAGUGGCCUGCAUGCCAUCCUGGCAGCCACAGCGGGGGCUGGUGAACACAAGGAAGCUCACCACUACCAGCUGGGACAGGCAUACAGUAAGGCUGCAGGCCUGGAGCGAGAACGCAGGCAGCAGGCUGAUUCUCUGGGUGAUCUGUGCCGGGCUCUGGAAAGUGCCAGUCUGUCGCCUGUGAAUGAGCACCUGCCUCCUACUCGUCUGGAGUACAAGCGCUCCUUUGUCCGCCGCUGUAAUGACCCCUUACUUAACGAGAAACUGCAUCGCCUGCGCGUCCUUCAAAACACAUUUAAGGAUGUCCCACUCCAAGAGGCAGAGACAAAGAUCAUUCAUCGGGAUGUGUGAGGAUAGCUGAUAGUGAUGAGCACAAGUCCAGCAGAAGAGUAGCCUAGUUAAUUUUGGUCUUGUGCUUAGAAGUAAAGACAAACUUGAUGAGGUCGAGCUCUUUAACUGACCUUUCCUUGCUCCCAUAGACCCUGUUACCACAUCUCAAUAAAUUCAUCUUCCUUUUCUCAAUUUGUUUCUGUCAUCACACAAUGUUAAUAUUUGCAUAUAUAGGCACUAUUUUGUACAUUGAUAUGAAGUCAUGGUCUACUGAAAAAGUUAAUUUUGUGUAUUGUAUGACAAGUACUCACUGGCCUUUAUGAGAAGCCAAACUGCUGCACUUCCUUUGAGCACUUCAGUAUUGACUUUGAAGGAAACACAAAAGAGCCUGAAGAAAGAAGUGCUGGUAUUGUUAUUACUGAAUUACUUAUUCUGUUGGUAUAACUUUAAUUUGCAUGACCACAGUGAGAGUUAUGAGUUUUGUAAAUGCAAUUCAAGUGCUGGGUACAUAAAUUUAAGAUUCAUGUUAACACAUUUUUGUAACUGUAAUACAGUGUAUGUUAAUGAAUUUAAGAUAUGGAAUGACUGUGUAAUUAUAAUUGUAUGUGUGCAUGCAUGAGAGAGAGAGAGAGAGAGAGAGAGAGAGAGGGGAGGAGAGAGAGAAAGGAGGAGAAAGAGGGAGAUGUAUAUAUUUAGCAUAUUGCCCUUGUCCUUGCUUUUAUGGCUGUUUCCAGUAUGGCUUUUGAUCUUAUGCCCUGGAAACAAUUCAUGGAGCAAUGUUAAAUACACAACCCAUGGUACAGCAUUAGAAACACAAUAAUGUUAAACUAAACAGUUACCAGUGAAACACUGUCUAUUUUUGUAAGCAUGACAUUUAUCUAGCUGUUUGUACAUGGUUUUGUAUUCUGAGCUGUGUCUUAUAUGAAGAUAACUCAUGGUGUAACCCCUCUUCUAAAUGUGUUUCCAAAACACCUUUGACAGGAUGAAACUUUCAUGUGAAAGCGAUUGUUGUUGCAUCUACAAGAUGAAAAUAAUUUUACCAAUAAACGUUUGGUGUUUUGCCAUACUUUCCUCAACCUAAAACACUGCA